CCUACGACCAGCCUACGGCCAGCCAUCUGCCGUCGCCCCUGGCUUCUUGUCGCGUCGACCUCCAGAAAGGCUGUUUGAGGCCGAACAUUCGCCCGGCGACACCCACUGUCGGCUCAUCUCGUCGCGUCUCGUUGCCCCUUCCCGUCACCGAUCGACGUUGCUUUAGAUCAUCUCUUCCUCGUUGCACAGCCGCAGCCAUGGCUGCACUCGGCGAUGACUUGCUGGCGACCGUCAACAAGCUCCAAGAUCUUGUGUUCAACACCAUCGGCAAUGACUCCCUAGAUCUGCCGCAAAUUGUUGUCGUCGGGUCCCAGUCGGCGGGCAAGUCUUCGGUGCUCGAGAAUAUUGUUGGCCGAGAUUUCCUACCCCGCGGCAGCGGCAUUGUCACUCGGAGGCCCCUUAUCCUCCAACUCAUCAACGUCCCCAAUGACGAAGGCGAUGAUAAUGCCAACGUGGGCUAUAGAAAUCCCACCCAGGCUGCCCGGAAUGAGUGGGCCGAGUUUCACCACAUCCCCAACCGACGAUUCAACGACUUUAGCGAUGUCAAGCGGGAAAUCGAGAACGAGACCGCCAGAGUCGCUGGGAACAACAAGGGUAUCAAUCGCCAGCCCAUCAACCUGAAAAUCUUCUCGCCACACGUCCUUAACCUCACCCUGGUUGACCUGCCGGGACUGACAAAGGUGCCCAUUGGAGACCAACCCACAGACAUUGAGAAGCAGACACGAAACCUAAUAUCCGAGUACAUCGCCAAACCGAACAGCAUCAUUCUGGCUGUAUCGCCGGCAAAUGUCGACAUUGUCAACUCGGAGGCGCUGAAGCUCGCCCGCCAUGUCGAUCCCCUGGGACGAAGAACCAUUGGCGUGCUCACAAAAGUCGACUUGAUGGACCACGGCACCAACGCACUCGAUAUCCUGUCAGGCCGCGUUUACCCGUUGAAGCUCGGCUGGAUCGGAGUGGUGAACCGGUCGCAGCAGGAUAUUCAGGGGAACAAGCCGAUGGAGGAGGCUCUGAAGUCCGAGGCCGAGUUUUUCAGACAUCAUCCUGCCUACAGGAACAUCGCUGCCCGCUGUGGCACGCAAUUCCUCGCCAAGACCCUCAACACCACGCUGAUGGCCCACAUCCGGGAUCGUCUCCCGGACAUCAAAGCCCGGUUAAAUACUCUCAUGGGGCAGACCCAACAGGAGCUCGCCAGCUACGGCGACAUGCACUUCAGCGGGAAGGAGCACCGGGGCUCCCUUAUCUUGCAACUCAUGACGCGCUUUGCGACGUCCUUUAUAUCGUCGAUCGACGGCACUUCAACAGACAUCUCGACAAAAGAGCUCUGCGGCGGCGCUCGCAUCUACUACAUCUUCAACUCGGUCUUUGGGAGCUCGCUGGAGUCGAUUGACCCCACUUCGAACCUGUCGGCUCUCGACAUCCGGACGGCGAUCCGCAACUCCACCGGUCCGCGCCCGAGUCUCUUCGUGCCCGAGAUGGCUUUUGAUUUGCUCGUCAAGCCCCAGAUCAAGCUUCUCGAGGUGCCGAGCCAGCGUUGUGUCGAGCUGGUUUACGAGGAGCUCAUCAAGAUCUGCCACACUUGCGGGUCCACUGAGCUCUCCCGGUUUCCAAGGUUGCAGGCCAAGCUCAUCGAGGUGGUUUCUGACCUUUUGCGGGAACGUCUUGGCCCCGCGUCGGCGUAUGUCGAGUCUCUGAUAGCCAUCCAGCGAGCCUAUAUCAACACCAACCACCCCAAUUUCCUCGGCGCUGCCGCUGCCAUGAGCCAGGUCGUGACCAACAAGCAGGAGAGGGAAAGGAAGCGCUUGAUCCAGGAGGAGCGGGAGCGGCGCGAGCGGAGGCGGAUGAAGGAGCUCGGUGCCAACGGCACGGACACCCCAGGCGACGAGGGGGAGGAAAACGCCGCGGCGGAGAAGACGGAGACCGUCGUAGUGCGCAAGGCGCCCGGGAAGGGCUCGCGCAGCCUCUCGCCGGCCGUCCAUGACACGGCUGCCGGCGGCAUCGCUGCGGCACUCAAUGGGGCCCGCUCCUCGUCCCCUUCACGAUUUAACGGACAAGCUCUGGGCAAUGCCAAGGAUACGUUCCUCAACUACUUUUUCGGCAAGGACGGUGCCAUGGCGCCCGGAGCCGCGCCGCCCAACGCGAACAUUGGCCGUCAUGUGAGCCAAUCCGUGGAGCCGACAUUCAGCCAGAGCAUGCGGCGGCCGGAAGAGAAGGCUCUGCGGUCCCCAAUCCAGUCUCUGCGGCCUGAUGAGGCCUUGGAUUUCACCCAGGGCUCGAAGGGAGGCGACUUGGGUAACAAUGGCGAACCUGCCUUGACGGACCGUGAGGCCAUGGAGACGGAGCUGAUCCGGGCGUUGAUCAGCUCUUACUUCAACAUUGUGCGGGAGAGCAUCGCAGACCAGGUACCCAAGGCGAUCAUGCACCUGCUGGUCAACCAUUGCAAGGACGUGGUGCAGAACCGGCUCGUCAGCGAGCUAUACAAGGAAUCGCUCUUCGAGGAACUUCUCUACGAGGAUGAUGCGGUCAAGAAGGAGCGCGAAAAGUGCGAGAAGCUGCUCCAGACAUACCGAGAGGCUGCCAAGAUCAUCGGCGAGGUCGUCUAGAUCGGCAUGGCCGCUUGGCCAAUGUGGAUGAUGCAUCGGGAACCAAGAUGCGCCCUCCACACGACUGUAUUGCUGUACUUCAUAUUGCCUGUCACUCGAGGCAACGAUUGCGUGCCGGGUUGGGCACCGAUCAAUGUAUGUACACUGACAAAGUUUAGUUUGGGAUUUUGGGUUUCGCAGAGCAUGUCCGUUAGACAGAACCUUGUUUCGAGAGCUUCAGCGGAGCCAACAUUGCAUAGUACAGGAAGAAAGGAGAGGGCCCAAGCAGGGCAGGGCAGGGCAAGGGAAUCGUUGCGUCUGUCCGCGGCGAUGCGCUGGAACGAGAUGGAGUGGUGGUUAUGCCUCCUCCCCUCGAUAAAAUAUUCACGUACAUAGCAGCCAAUCCAAUCCUCCGUUACCCAACAGCUGCGAUGCAUGCAUUACAGGACGUGCACUUCUGUGCAUUGCAUGCGUAGCAUCGGUUUCCGCUAUGCACUUGCGACUCGACGCAGACGGAGUUGGUCAGUUGCACUUGCAAGUGCACAAUGCGGGAGGCG